GGGGCGUGUCAUCGCUCUUCACAAAGGAGAUAAGGAAAUACUUGAGUAAAAAAGAUUGAUCGCGAACAUUUUUACUUGUUUUGUGCAAAUAUACAGCAUAUAAGAAUGGUUGACGUGGAUGUCUUUGUGAGUAACAAUGCCUUAAUCGACAUGGAUAUCUAUCACUUGUGGCUUGAUGGCUAUUCAGCUCAUGAAGCCACAAGAAUCCAACAGAAGCGUGGUAUACAACAGCUAUAUGGUGCAACGUCUGAUAUGCUUAUUGAAGACAUCAUGGAUCACUAUAGAAUGUUCACAAUGCUCGAGAAAUUCUUACAAACUCCACAGAAGCUUGCCAGUCAGAAAAUCUUCCAAAUAAAACCCGAAAUGCAGAAGGCAUUGAUCGAAAAGUAUUAUGAAUUCAACCCACUGGUCGUACGUGAGCUUCUGGGCAAGAAAUUGUCGUCUAAACACCGCAAGGACCUUGAUGAUGUCAGUGAGAAAACAAAGGUUCCGCUAAAGAGCUGCAGAAGACAGUUUGAUAAUAUCAAGAGAGUAUUCAAAACAGUAGAAGAAAUGUUGGGUUCCCUGGUGGAAAACAUUAAACAGAACUACCUCGUAUCUGAUGAACUUGCCAAUAAGUAUGCAGCGAUUGUGUUUAUUACAAACAACAGGUUUGAGACUGGCAAGAGGAAGUUAUUCUACCUGAGUCUGGAUGACUUUGUAUGUUGUGCCAUGCACAUGAUCUCAAGGUGGUCCUAUAGUGCAAUGGAGUGUAAGCACCACCAUGACAUGGAUGUAGACUUAGAUAUAUCAUUCCUACAGGAUUGUAGAGAACUUAGGACCCUACAAGAAAAAGAAAUCCUAGAUGAGCAUAAAACUCUUACAUGUAGAAGUUUACAGGGGAAAAUCUCAGACAAGUCAUUAGCUGACCUGGAUUCUAAUUUCAAGAAUAUGUCAAAGAUACUAGUGAACAUAGCAUACAAUAUGAACCAUGCUAGGGAACUAAAAGAUAUCUUCAUAGACCUAGUGGAAAAGUUCAUUGAGCCAUGCAGACAGGUGGGCUGGACCUACACAGAGCUGGAAACUUUCUUGAAUGUCUACGGUGAAACAUGCUGGCAUCUUGAUACUUUUCCAAGGGGUCAGCAGGCGUUACUAAAAACUUGGGACAGAUACAUCAACACUAUAUCUACAUGCAUCCUGCAGAUGUAUCAUACUUGACCCACAGACUACUUUCUUGCCACAUUGUUGGGGUACCAUAACCUACAAAUAUUCAUUCAAGGACUGACUGUGUGAUCAAAUACAGGGUGAUAUUGGCCAAUCAAUGUGAAUAUGACUAAUUGCAACAAUGAGCCAUCAUGAUGAAUCGAUUCAUUUUAUUUUUACCAGUUGCAGCCUUAUGUACAGUUUUUUUCCUUGGGUUAGCAAGAGCACACUUCACAGCAAAUAAACUCAUUGAUAUAGAUUUUCCCAGACAUAGACUGCACAAUUUUCUAAUAGGUUGUUAAUAAAAUGAUUAGGUGAUUGCGUGGAAAUUUGCAUGUAUGUUUAUGCAGAUGGUCAUGAUUCUACUUAGGGGAACAUAAUUGAAAUACCUUUGUACCAAGGAUGGUGUAUGUCAUCAAAUCAUAGGACCUGUAUACACAUGCUGUAUAGGUGAUAGAUAUGAUCUCAUUUGAUUGUCCCUACUAUAUGCUAGGGAACCUUUUUAAGUACUCAAGAUUAUCACUUUGCAUGGGUAAAGUUCAUGAAAUGAGAUAAUUUUUUGGAUGAUAAGAAGUGUAAGGUGUUUUCUGUGACUAUAAAUUCAUGAAUCACCAUUAAGUACACAAACACUUGUACCAAAAUCUUGUUUUCUGUACAUAAGUAUCAGCAUAAAAAGCAUUUUAUUUCAAUACAAGCCUUUAUAGUUAUACAUAUCUAAAUUAUAAUUCUAAGCUAAUAUAACACCUAAAUGGUAGACUGUAAAUCAUGAGAUAAAUAGAAAGUAUCCUAUAUAGGAUGUUUUAUUUACAA